CCGUCAGGCCGAGCCUUCCAUUAUAGCCGCCACCGGAACAGGUACAACCCCAGCGAGCUUCUCCAGCGCUUCCAUGUCCGUUCACGGCGGUGGAAACUCCAUGUCCUUUCCCUCGACAUCCUCGUCUCUCGACCAUAAACCCUUGUCGGGUCCGUCUCCUUUCAUACUCGGGAAGCGUGUCAGAGCAGAGGAAGAUUCUGGCGGCGGAUGCGGCGGCGUAGGUAAGGACGACGGGGGAGUUACGUCGGUGGGUCACACAAUGGGUUCGUUCGUGGGGUCAGCUACACAAGCUGGGUUCUGGGCAGUACCGGCGAGACCCGACUUCGGACAGGUUUGGAGCUUCUCCGCGGCGGCGGGAGCUCCCAUGUCGGCGUCCAUAACGCAGCAACCGGCUGCGCUCUUCGUCCACCAGCAACAGCAGGCUGCCGCCGCCAUGGGAGAGGCCUCGGCGGCGAGAGUGGGAAACUAUCUCCCGGGCCAUCUCAACUUGUUAGCCUCUUUGUCGGGUGGGGCAGCACGGUCGGGUCGGAGAGAGGAGGAUCCACGUUGACUCCGAACCCGCGAUCGAAACCAAGGGUUUUUAGGACUUCGGUGCAAGAUUUGUUUUCGGGAGAAGCUUUUUUUGUGGAGAGAGACAGAUUGAACAGUGUUGAACGCCAUAAAAGCUCUGGUCUGCUAAUGGGUCUGGAUCAGCUAUUUGUCCUCUUCAUUAAUUAUGCCAUAAAGGGACAGCUUCAUCGGCUGUCCUGACACAGAAACCGCGGAGUGGUUUCACGUUGCCCCCUGUCUGGUUUUCCGGCGAGUCAGUGCCGUUGUUGAGUUUGAAUCCUCAUCAUCAAGAUUCAUAUUUGUUCUCCCUAAUCUCUGUCAAUUAACCACUAUAUGUAUAUUGGAAUUUUUUGACCUCUGUCUUCUCCUAUGGUUCUUGUCUGAUCCGUUAAGAUCCCUAACUACGCUGUCUGCUGUGUAUUAUAUAAGUGGAUCGUUUUGGGGUUUGAGUAUUUCGUGAAUGAGAGCAGAGGAUGCAAAAACAAACAAACAAACUUUUUUUAAAAAAUAAAAAAUAAAAAAAGGGUAA